GCGCCCUGCUUCUAAACUCGGAACAGAGCGUCGUCGCUCUGACUCGGAGCAUGGCGCUAACGGCCCAACAAAAGGCGACGCUGGGGGCCAUUGCGUUUGCCUUUGUCGCGCCGCUUUCCAAGGACGCAGCUGCCGCCGUCGUGUCGGCGCAUCUCAACGAUGUUGACGACUCGUCAGCUGUCAAGUCGAAAGAGCUGGAAGCGUUCGCACAGAUGCCACCUCCCGACCUUGGCGUGGUCGACGCGAUCGAGUCCAAGCUCAACUUUUUUCCCGCCGACAAGAAGUACGAAUUUGUCAAGGUCCUCGACGUGCUGGCGACCAGUUGGGGCACGUACCUCCUCACGGGCUCCAAGCGCAUUGUGCCCUUUCACGACCUCACCCUCGACGAACGCGAACACGCGCUAUUGAACCUGUCGCAGUCACGGUUUGCGUUGCUUCGAUCGCUCUUCCGCGCUCUCAAGGCUCUCACGCACUUGUGUACGUUUGCACAGCAUGUGACCAACGACACCGGCGACGUCAACCCGUACUGGAAGGCGCUUCAGUAUGCUGGCAAGCCAACUGAAAAGGCGCUGCCGCCUCGGUCCCAUUUCCACGAGCCUUGCUUUGAAGACGUGGCUGCGCUGGCUGAAGCUGCGAACGGCGGGCCGAUCGAGAUCGAUACCGAUGUCGUCGUCGUUGGCUCUGGGGCAGGUGGAGGCGUCAUCGCGGCGGAACUGGCCCAAGCGGGACACCGAGUCGUCGUGCUGGAGCAAGGCACGUUUCAUCACCCGUCCGAUUCCAACUUUGCCGAAAUGGAGGAAUACGAAAAGCACUACAUCGACUCGGUCUUCCUCGUGUCGGAAGACGGGUCCAUGCAACUGCUCGCGGGAAAAACGUGGGGUGGCGGCACCGCGGUGAACUGGUCGGCGUCGCUGCGGCCGCCCUCGGACGUGCUAGACGAAUGGGUGAAGAAGCAUAACCUGCCGUACUUUGGAACGCCCGAGUACCAAGCUGCCCUCAACGCAGUGUGCACCCGGGCAGGCGUGUCAGCGGACCACGUCUCGCACAACGUUCCGAACCAAAUUCUCGUGGACGGGUGCGCCGCGCUCGAGUUUCCUGCGCACGCGAUUCCUCAAAACACCAACGGCCACCGGCACUCGUGUGGGUUUUGCUCGCUUGGGUGUCCGUACGGUGAAAAGCAGGGCACGCACAUGACGUGGCUCCAGGACGCCGAGGCGGCCGGCGCCAAAUUCAUCACGGGCUGCAAGGUCGACAAGGUAACAUUCACAGCCGACAAGAUUGCGACGGGAGUCGUUGGCACGGUCCUCGACGGAAACGUUUCGAUCGUCGUACGCGCAAACACCGUUGUGACCGCGUGUGGCGGCGUCAACUCGCCGGCGCUGCUGCUGCGGUCCGGACUCGGAAACCCCAACAUUGGCCGGAACAUGCGGCUCCACCCAGUGACGACCGUGCACGGGUUUUUGCCCGACAAACUCGUCAAGUCGUGGGAAGGAUCGAUCAUGACGAGUGUCACGGACGUCGUGAGCAAUGUGCAUGGCGACGGGUACGUUUUGAAUACGGUCGGCGCGCUCCUAGCGCUGGAAUUAGGUAUGGUGCUCGUCUGGAAACCCCCACGUCGUUGCUGGGUGCUACGUCGGCGCUGUUGCCGUGGCGCGGUAUCGCAGACUUUACGCGGCUCUUGCUGCAAAUUCCCCAUCUCUCGGGGAUCGUGACCAUUGUCCGGGACUGCGAUUCUCCGAUUCAAGUCACGAUCGAUGGCACAGGUGAGUGCCGCCACUGGCUUGUGUAAACUCGAUCUCGUCGCCCACCGCCGCCCGUUCUCGCGGUACCUGUCUUCCGGCGGCACUUGAUUCUCGUGGAUGGUGGUCAUAGGGCGUGCUCGGGUGCAUUUUUCCCUGGGCCGGAAGGACGCCAUGUCGAUGGUGGAAGGCAUGAUCGCGUCGGCCAAGAUCCUGCUGAGCCAAGGGGCAAUCGAGAUCAACACGUCGCAUUUGGGCUUGCCGGCCCUGCGCCUCGAUUCAGCCGACGACCGGGCAAACCCCGUCGAAUGCGAGACCACCCAGCAGUGGUUCCGUCAGCUGCGCGAGAUGGGAAUUCCAUCCAACAGCAUCGGCAUCUUUAGCGCCCAUCAAAUGUCAAGUUGCCGCAUGAGCGCGACGCCUGCAAUGGGCGUCGUGAAUGCCGACGGAGAAACUUGGGACGUGCAGGGGCUGUACGUGGCGGACUCGUCCAUUUUCCCCACAGCGACCGGGGUCAACCCGAUGGUGACCACGUUUGCAAUGGGGUAUUCCGUCGCGCAGUCGAUCAAAGCGCACUUGGCAGCCGAAGCCGCCUCAGGCACCCGACGUGUCCGUGCGCAUACCCCGCCGCCGUCGUGGUUUGCGCGGCUCUGGUCGUGGUUCGUUUAGCUUAAGCAGUCCAUGUGUAAGAGUAACAGUGCCAUGUGCCUGGCGUACAUAUGCACUGGUC